CCAAUAGUAGAGCUGCUUGGUCCUAGGACGUCACCCCGCCUUCAUUUCCACUGACCGUACCGGAAGCGGAAGAGGAGCUGGUUAUCGGCGUUCUGUGUGUUAGCUGUUGUUCGGGUUCGCAAUGGGAAGAGGAAGCGGCACGUUCGAGAGGCUUCUGGAUAAAGCCACCAGCCAACUCUUGCUAGAGACAGACUGGGAGUCAAUCCUUCAAAUAUGUGACAUGAUCCGUCAAGGAGACACCCAAGCUAAAUACGCUGUGGCAGCAAUCAAGAAAAAAAUAAAUGACAAGAAUCCACACGUGGCUAUUUUUGCAUUAGAGGUUUUGGAAUCUAUUGUGAAGAAUUGUGGACAAACUGUGCAUGAUGAGGUGGCAAACAAGCAAAGUAUGGAAGAACUUAAGGAAUUGCAAAAGAGGCAAGUGGAGCCAAAUGUUCGCAAUAAAAUACUGUACCUGAUUCAAGCCUGGGCCCACGCCUUCCGCAAUGAGCCUAAGUACAAAGUUGUGCAGGAUACUUACCAGAUCAUGAAGGUAGAGGGUCAUAAUUUCCCAGAAUUUAAAGAGAGUGAUGCCAUGUUUGCAGCAGAGAGGGCUCCUGAUUGGGUGGAUGCGGAAGAAUGUCAUCGCUGCCGUGUUCAGUUUGGGGUGGUUACACGUAAGCACCACUGCAGGGCAUGUGGGCAGAUCUUUUGUGGAAAGUGCUCAUCCAAGUACUCCACCAUCCCCAAGUUUGGAAUUGAAAAAGAAGUGCGCGUGUGUGAACCCUGUUAUGAACAGCUAAAUAAAAAGGGUGAAGGUAAAUCUGCCUCCGGUCCAGAACUGCCACCUGAGUACUUGACCAGUCCACUUUCCCAGCAGGCACAGACACCACCUAAGAGAGAUGAGACUGCCCUGCAAGAAGAGGAGGAACUACAGCUAGCCAUUGCACUGUCACAGUCUGAAGCUGAAGAGAAAGAGCGGAUGAGACAAAAGACAACAUACAGCAUGUACCCAAAAGCAGAUCCCACACCAGUGACCUCUUCUGCUCCUCCAGUCACAACACUUUACUCUGCCGCUGUGAAUUCAUCUGCUCCCCUUGCUGAAGAAAUUGAUCCAGAGUUGGCUCGUUACCUGAAUCGAAAUUACUGGGAGAAGAAGCAGGAAGAGGUCAGGAAAAGCCCUACCCCCUCUGCCCCUGUCCCAAUCAGUGAGCCUGCUGUUCAGACAGGUGAUAUUCCAGUGACUGUCAUGGAGCAGUACCAGAAUGGGGAGUCAGAGGAGAAUCACGAGCAGUUCCUGAAAGCUUUGCAGAAUGCAGUCACCACAUUUUUGAACCGUAUGAAAAGCAACCACAUGCGUGGAAGGAGCAUCACUAAUGAUUCUGCUGUAUUAUCCCUCUUCCAGUCCAUUAACAACAUGCACCCCCAGUUGCUAGAGAUGCUCAAUCAGUUGGACGAAAGGCGAUUGUACUACGAGGGCCUGCAAGACAAACUUGCACAGAUUCGGGAUGCACGAGGAGCACUGAAUGCUCUUCGUGAUGAGCACAGGGAAAAGCUAAGGCGUGCAGCUGAGGAGGCUGAGAGGCAACGGCAAAUCCAGUUGGCACAAAAACUGGAGAUUAUGAGACAAAAAAAGCAGGAAUACCUUGAGAUGCAACGCCAGCUGGCAAUCCAACGAUUGCAGGAGCAGGAAAAGGAGAGGCAGUUGCGACUAGAGCAGCAGAAACAGACCAUUCAGAUGAGAGCACAAAUGCCUGCCUUCUCCCUCCCAUAUGCACAGCUACAGUCACUACCUGCAACAGGGGGCGUUAUGUACCCGCCCUCUGGACCCCCUGCCUACCCAGGUUCAUUUAGCCCAUCUGGCUCUGUGGAGGGUUCCCCAAUGCAUGGUGUGUAUAUGAAUCAAUCAGGACAGCCAACCACAGCUCCAUACCCUGCCAUGCAGGUUCAGGGCACGGAUCCUAACAUGGUGAAUGCGUAUAUGUACCCAGGAGGAUCUGCUCCCUCAGCUCAGCAGGGUCAGGCUGUACCAACUGCCAACCCAGCAUACACAUCUUAUCAACCAACACCUGCUCAAGCCUACCAGAAUGUGGCAUCUCAGAGCCUUCCCUCGAUAUCCCAGACUGCUUCUGCAGGUGGAAUGGGUUACAUGGGUGCACAGUCUGUCCCCAUGACUUACCAGCCAUAUAAUAUGCAGAAUUUUAUGUCCACUCUGCCUGGUCAGGACCCAUCUCUUAGCAGUCUACCUUCUCAACAGCAACCAUUCAUAGGUGGGCAGCAACCCAUGUACCAGCAGAUGCCAGUUGCAGGUGGACAGCAACAGCCUGCACAGCAGCCAGCAGCACAUGGACAACAGGGAACAGGAAGAAGUGAAGCACAACUUAUAUCAUUUGACUAAUGGAUAACUCUUCUCAAUUACCUUAAAUAUGUUAAUCCAACUCUUUCUCUCUCUUUCUCUGCUAGCACUUUCUGGCCCCAGCGUGUGAAGCAUGUACCUUUAGCUAAACUGCUGCAGAAAAAAAAACACUACGUUAAUGUAAAUUUCCUAUUUUAGCUGAAGUUGAUCUCUGUCCAAAUGCUUCUUUUCUUUUGACUUAUGCCCAGAUCUAAUGCUGCUUUAUGCAUUGACCAAAAUAUAGCUCAUGAGAUGUACAUGUAUAUGUACAUGUAUAUGAAAUCAUUUGUGCUAUAUGGGGUAUAUUUAUAGAUUGAGCUAGCCUGGACAAUUACAGAUAGAUAAUUUGCCAAAGCAUUUGGGAAAUGCCAUCCAAAUAUUCUUCUCCACCCUGUCUUGCCCUAUAGAUGCCUGAGCUGAAAAUAUAAAAAAUGGCAUCAUAAUUAAACAAUAAUUGUGUUGAGGCUAUAAAAAAAAUCCAUAACUGCUGGCCUACAUGAUAAAUAUACCCAUGAUUACAGAAGGCACGACUGAAAAUAUUAUCCAAACACAGAUUAAUUAUAAUGGGUAUCCACUUUGUGCUCCACUAAACAUUUGACGCAUAGUGGCAGUUGUUCCUUUUGGAAUAGUAAGGGCCUAAACUGCAGUGGUUUCAGUGUUUGACUCUGAUAUGACUGCUGUUAGUUUUAGCCUUGUUACUCAUGCUUAGGUUGGUAGCAUAUAAGGGUCUCGUAUCUCUGUAGUACCCCUGGAUUCCAAUGCCACCACUACUGUUCCAUUGUGAAGCUGCUUUUCGUGCUUGUUAUAUAUAUAUCAGAUUCACUGCACUAUGUUCACCUGUGUGUGUAUGAGUGGCUCCCAGGCUUCUCUCUCUUAUUUUCACCUCUUGGAUUUAGUGACUUCUUAAAGAUUAAUAUCACUAUAAUAAAUAUGUAUCAGACUGGAA